AUUUGUCUCCAUCUCUGUAAUCUUCGAAGCUUAGAGCUGCCAUGGACUCAUGAAGGUUACGAGUAAGAUCAAUUAGGGUUUCCGACGGAGUUAACAUGACGAGACGGCGCCAUGGCUGGCAACGACCAUUUCAUCCAUUACAGAUUGUAGGAGCUGUUAUUUAUAGUGUUCUGGUUUCAGCAUUCUACGUAUUCCUUGGCUUUUUCCUGGGGAAUCGAAUAGCUAUUAUCACACUUCUCUCGGUCUUCUCUUUUGUGGCGGUUUCGGUUAUAGUUCUAUUCGUUAGGUGCACUGCGAUUGAUCCUACGGAUAAGACUAGUGCUAGGAAAAAGAGAAGGGCCAAAUCUAAAGGAGUCUUGAUGAAGCUGAGAUUCAAGGUUGUGUUAAGCCAAGUUGUUGUGAGGUUUUUCAGGAGGUUGGAGAGGAAGAUCUUGAGGAAUUUUAUCAGACGGACGUAUUUGGAUCCAUGGAAAAGCAGCGUGCAGCUAGAACCGCUUCUUCCGUUUCCGCUUGUCUUGAAAGAUGAUGCUGUUACACCAGACCCUAAAGAGGAGGAUGAUAUCUCUUAUUGCUCACUUUGUGAUUUAGAGGUUAAACGCAGCAGUAAGCAUUGCAGGACAUGUAACCGGUGUGUUGAAGGGUUUGAUCAUCAUUGCAGGUGGCUUAAUAACUGUGUUGGGAAGAGGAAUUACACCACUUUCAUACUCCUGAUGGUUUUCGUCUUGCUCAUGCUAAUGAUAGAAGGUGGAACAGCCAUUGCCAUAUUUGUCAGAUGUUUUGUGGACAAGAAAGGGAUGGAAUCCGAAUUGAAAACAAGGCUUUAUGUAGAGUUCCCUAGAUGGGCACUUGCUACAAUAUCUGUUAUGUUGGUUUUGUUAACGGCCUAUGGCUCGGCAGCCAUGGGGCAGCUUUUCCUCUUCCAUGUAGUUCUCAUAAGAAAGGGGAUGAGAACAUAUGACUAUAUACUAGCGAUGAGAGAGGAGAACCAAUUUGCAGAAGAGGAUCCCUUUGAUGAAUUAGAUUCAUCUUCAGAUGAAAGCUCCGAUUUUGAUUCGCCUGAAAGACCAAUACACACUACGUUCAUCUCCAAGUUUAUGUGCAGGAAAACAAAUGAGAAUCAGAGGAGACUAUCCAUUAAGAUAGAAGGAGAUGGGCUUUCACCUUCUUCCACGCAGAUCAACAACAAGAAACCGGGUUUUCAUGUAAGCAUAAACCCAUGGAAACUGAUCACUUUAAGCAGUGAAAAGGCUCUACAAGCAGCUGAGAAAGCAAGGGAAAGACUGAGGAGACCAAAACCAGUUUCCGAGACUGAAGAAGAUUCACUUAAGCCACUUCCAUUAGAGACGAAAUUCGGAUUGCUGUUAGAUCCAGACAACUUGCCACCAUCAACAUCUGCAGCAGUUAAGCUUCAGGUUUCGCCAGGGAAAUUCUCUAGCCCACGAAGAAGAUUCUCAGGCUCUUCUUCGUCUUCCACUGUGUCUGUGCCAUCCCCGAAACAAAAAUACAGGAGUAACUUUGACUUGAAGCUAACGGAAGUCUCUAAGGAGCUCGAAAGUUACAUCUCAAGACAAGUUUUGUGUUCUGUGAUUAAGCAAGAUGGAAGUGAAGCAUCACCAAGAUAAAAAAAGAAACUGUUUUUUUCUUUUUU